CUGUGAUGAACAUAUAUAAAGAGAAAGAGGCAUGCCUUCUUCAACACAAUCUGCCUUCAGUCCUCAAAAGAGCAGUGGUUGUUGAAGGAGUAAGUGGUAUUUGCAGUAAAUAAAAUUCAGGGAAGAAUGGCUUCUGACAUGGACUCCAAUACUGCUGGUGUGCAAUACAACCGCUGGAAUGAAGACAACAUCAAUCUGAAUGUGGCUGGAACAGGUGUAACGGGGCUCUACAACAGAGUCUGCACUGGCACCUUGGGCAUAGCUAUCAAGGUGGCCGGAGCUUUGGCUGCACUGGUGGCUGUUUACGUCAUAGGAUACGUCACUGGAUAUUACGUCCACAAAUGCUGACCGGACACUGACCGAAGGACCCUCAACAGAUGGAAUUAUGUUAUGUAGCGAUUGUGUUGGGAUUGCAGUUUGCUUGUUGUAAAGUAAUUUUACAGCUUCCCACAGCUUUGUCUUAUAUGUGAAAAGUCAUUGCAAUUAAGUCCAAAAACAUGAACAUAAUGUUUGACUUACAGUGCUUGGUAUUCAAUAUGUUCUUGUCACUAAGUGAUAUCAUCUAUUUCAAUUGUUUUUUCAAGAUUGUACUACAGGGCUUGUUAUGUUAGCCUAUUCAACUGUAUAUCAAGGCCAUGUGGAUUCAAUAUUUUAAUGAAAGGACACAGGCAAUACUAAUAGUAAUAAAAAAGCUGUUUAAAAUAUGUUAA